AUGUCCAUCAAGGCAACACAAAGACCUCGCAAAUUACUCUUGAAGUGCUUCCCUAGGCAAGUGACACUACCAAGCAUCAUUGGGGUGAAACGGGGCAGAGCGGGUCGGUCAAUAUCUGCCCUUGAACGACAGUGCAGAAGCCCUGGAUGCCAUCAAGUUAUAUCUCUUCCAUCAAGAAGUGAACAUUGCUCAAGCGAUGACGACGGUGAAACCACUAGCGCGGAUGAAGGGAUUGUCGCUCAACACAACAGCCUUCUCGGUAAUCAGCUGUCUUUAGCGCUUACAAAGGAUUUGAAACAGCUCUUAAGAGACAAGUUCGCCUCCUGGAGGGAAGGGAUAGAAUGCACCGCACCAGCAGAGGUCAAUAUGCCUCCACGAAAGCGGUGCAAGGUAUUACAGUGCGAGUCAGGUUUUCCACGAGCCGAGGAAGAAGAGGAUAAUGAAGAAGAGUUCGUUGUGAUCUCCAGCCCAGAGCGCAAAAAGGCUUUCUUUCACCUUGCUUGCCCUUUCUUCGUCAGUGCGCCUCAGAGAUAUCAGCAAUGUCUCGUCAAAAAUGACUUCGACUCAAUCGAGACAUUGAUCAGCCAUCUCUUGCGGCAUCAUAACAGACCACUAUAUUGUCCUACAUGCCGAAAGACCUUCAAAACACUGAUUGGUCGAGAUGAUCACGUCUUGGAGAAUCGUUGCAAGAUGAACAAUCAACAAAUACUGGAGGGGCUCACCGAAAGUCAAAAAGCCAAGUUGAUAAAGCGGGAUCGGUAUUAUCUAGGCGAAGUAAGACGAUGGCGCUGCAUCUGGUCCACACUCUUCCCAGAUUCAGAGCAGCCUCGAUCCCCAUACCUAGACGAUAAAAUUGGGCUAAAAGCUUCUAUGGUCAGGGAUUUUUGGGCUGGCAGCGGUGAAAGAGUUGUCUCUCAGUUUCUCACCGCUAAGGACGUACCUACGGAUGAGAACAGCGCAAUAUACAAGACCAUUUGUCAUACUGCACUAGAGAGCUUGAUGGAUUGGGUUCUAUUUCAUGAUGGUUGCUUAAGUUCUCUGACUUCUGAAGGAUAA